GGGGUGUGCGGUGCGGCUUGGGAGCGCUGCCGGUGAGCGGGGCUGCGAGCCGGGCCGGGGGAGUGCUGCCGCGCUACUACAGGGCGUCUGCCAGGCCGGGCCUGGUGCGGGAGGUGGCAGCCGGGGCGGCUCAGUCUCUUCGAACUUGCCGUGCGAGACACCCAGUCUGGCUCUUCCUGGCAGAUCCCUUGUGCGCUGCACUGGAUGACCAUAACUAAACAAUGUCUGUACCACGUGGAGCUGUCCAUGCAAAAUGGAUAGUAGGGAAAGUAAUAGGAACCAAAAUGCAGAAAACUGCCAAAGUGAGAGUGUCAAGGCUUGUGCUAGAUCCUUACUUACUAAAGUUCUUUAACAAACGAAAAACAUACUUUGCCCAUGAUCCGUUGCAGCAGUGUGUGGUUGGAGACAUUGUCCUUCUGAAAGCUCUGCCUGAGCGAAGGAGCAAACAUGUGAAACACGAACUGGCUGAAAUUGUUUUCAAGUGUCUUCUAACUUCCAGAAUCUCUAACAAAAUCCCAGCUGUGCUUGUCUUUGUACUGACAGUAAGGGGGCUGGCAUCUUCAGCUAGCAGACCUCGAGAAGACAGUUGGUUAAAAUCGCUCUUUGUUCGCAAAGUCGAUCCAAGGAAAGAUGCUCACUCGAACCUUUUAGCCAAAAGAGAGACCAGCAGUCUGUAUAAACUACAGAUUCACAAUGUAAAACCAGAAUGUCUAGAUGCCUACAACAAGCUUUGUCAAGAGGUGCUGCCAAAGAUUCAUGAAGAAAAACACUACCCAUGUGCACUGGUGGGGACUUGGAACACGUGGUACGGAGAGCAAGAUCAGGCUGUUCACCUGUGGAGGUAUGAGGGAGGCUACCCAGCUCUCAAUGAGGUCAUGAGUAAACUCCGUCAAAACAAGGAGUUCACAGAGUUUCGCAAAGAAAGAGGUAACAUGCUUCUCUCACGCAAGAACCAGUUGUUGUUGGAGUUUAGUUUCUGGAAUGAACCUGUUCCCAGAGAGGGGCCUAAUAUUUAUGAACUGAGGUCCUAUCAACUUAGACCUGGAACAAUGAUUGAGUGGGGAAAUUACUGGGCUCGUGCAAUUCGUUUCCGACAGGAUAACGAUGAAGCGGUUGGGGGAUUUUUCUCACAGAUUGGACAGCUCUACAUGGUUCAUCACCUUUGGGCUUAUAAAGAUCUCCAAACCCGAGAAGAUAUAAGGAAUGCUGCGUGGCAUAAACCAGGCUGGGAUGAACUAGUCUACUACACAGUGCCCCUUAUUCAGGAAAUGGAAUCCAGAAUCAUGAUACCAUUGAAGAUUUCUCCACUUCAGUAAAGUCCCUGGUUUCUUUGUGCCUACAUAGUUGAAGUAACAAGUAUUUGUCUUAAAUUUAUUUAUGGUAUACCUUGUAUAUCAUGGUCUGAAAUAUAAAAGUACUGUACUGACCUUAGAGACUUCUCUUCUUCAGAAUCUCAUGACCUUUUGCUCUUAGGAUUGUAACAGGAGGAAAAAAGAAGGACUGUAAUUAAACGGUUGACUAAUUGAAAACGAGCACAAA